ACAAACAAGUCGCAGAUAAGGGGGCAAGAGCAACCCUCCCGUGGGUAGUGGCUACCAAAACCUUUUCAACGUGACAGUGUUUAUUUCCACGGAGCUGUCAGGAACACCUCACUCCGUCUUAACUGGGUGAAUUGUGCGCAGUUUGUGGACCAAAGCGCUCGAGCCGUGAAACUUUUGCAAACUUUUGAGAUACUGACGCUGAUGGAAAAUGGCGAUAGCCUCUCCAUCAACAUCGACAGCAGGACCAGCAAUGGCGUCUGACUCAGAGCUCUCACGCCUGGGGGGUAUCGAGGCCUUGAAAUUAAAGGUGGGGCCGGUACGGAGGAACCUGUUCGGGCCCGUGGACCACGAGCAGCUCCAGCAGGACUUCAAGCGGCUGCUGUGCAUGAGCGUGGAGGUGGCCAACAAGCGGUGGAACUUCGAUUUCCAGCGCGAAACGCCGGGAGAGGGCUCCAGCAUGGAGUGGGAGGAGCUCAGGUGCCAGGACGUGCCGGCGUUUUACCGCAGCUGCACGGUCGGGCCGGUGCCGGUGCCACAGGGCAAAAGGUGGGCGUCGUCUUCGUCGGGCGAAGGCUCCACAGGGUCCAGCAGCUCGUCCGGAUCUGGGGAUGAGUACUUGGAGGUGACCACAAGGGGGUGCUACCGGAUCAAACGGCAAGGGAAACGCAGACAGGCUGCCAUCACAGAUUUCUUCAAGGUGAAGAAGAGGAAGCUUCUGCAUUACAAAGGAUCUUCUCGACAGUAGAAAAGCACAACUAGACCCAGUAGAGGAUCACUAGGUGGUCGACACCCCUCUACACAUCACCUCACACAGAUAUGUGUCAUAUCAUAUGUAUAUAUGUAGCAAUUUGUAACUGACUGUCCACAAGCUCAUACAGCACGGGCUUAAAAACUCCUGACACCACAUACGUUUAACAUUCAGCAUAAGGAAGCUACCAUUUCCCUACAUAAUCAAGCUCAGACUUUAGAAACGGUUUUUGUUGAUAAUUCCAAAUGUUAUAUAUAUUCUAUAUACUGUUUCCCUCAGCUUUUGACUAUACUGUGAAAUGAUUUUGAAUGCACUCUUAACAGAAAACAGGCUGUAGUUUUAAGAGGUUAAUCUUCUUCUGAACGGGCCUCGGAUAGUAUUUGACCUCAGUCCUCAACCCUUUUUUCUCCCUCUUGCUGAAAGUCAGAAGAGGUUUUGAUUAGAUGAGUUACUAUUCCUGGCCUCGUGUCACACUUAGCCUUUAGUCUCACCCCACGGCUCCCAGAGCACGAGUCGAGCCAGGGGUCGAAACCUCACCCAGGGCUCAAAAUUUGGCAGCGCGACUGUGAUUAGCUCCAGGUUAAAAGGUCAACGGUGGAGGUUCAGCGAUGAGGUAAUUCGGCCACACCUGUACGAUAGCGAGUAUUAAUAAUAAUGUUUCAUAUGUUUAUUUAUUAUUCAUGAUGCUAGGUCAUCAUCAAAAUUUUAAAAAAUGUUGAAAAAAAAAUAGACAAGCAAUGUGUAAAACGAGGUAAGAUGAGGUGUUUGUGGAAACCUGUGCCAUUCCCCCCAAAUCAUGCAUUAGACUGUAAGUCUUUGUGGCUCAUAUACACUCCACCGUUGCCGCUUAAGAAUAUUGGCCAUGUGUAUUUAACACCAUCACCACAUAGCAAAACAAUAUACAAACCAUUGUCCCUUUUUGCUUUGUAUUGUUUGCAUAAUGGGGUUGUAAAAAUCUUUGUUGUGGCAACAGACCUGAACAUACCUUAUUUAGUCGUAUGUUUUCGCCAGCUUAAUGCUUGUAACAAUGUAGCAUUUUCCACUCUGUCUUCAUGUGAUUUCCACCUUGUAGGUUUUAAAUGCGCCUCUUUUCUCCAUGAAGGGAAUGUUUUGUGUUAUCACUGCUGCAGCUCAGGGGGAUCAAAGCCUUCGGUUCCACCUUUGCUAAUCUGUCGAGCUGCCUCGCAUUUUCUGUCUGUUCUCUAAGUGUUUUCAUCGUGUGUAUAUAAGCAUACAAGUGUUUGUGUAUGAAUGUGUUGGUUUGGUGUGGCAGCUGAGGCAGUUGAACCAAAGAGGAAAUUGCUGUGCCAUUAAAUUAGAAACACAUCAUUUAUAAAAGUCGCUCACUGUUUGAGUGAUCAGUUAUGGCUCACAGAAGGUCUCAAGCACGCCCAGAUCUUCAAAUACAGAGUGUAAAGACACCACAACUUCUCAACUAACAGUUUUGGUGACUCAAAAAAGGACGUGCCUACUUUUUCUUCCUGACCUGAAGUCCUUCUAAUUUGUAUAUGGAUGAAAAGCCAUAACCUGGAUUUAUACAUCCUUACUACCUCAUCAAGUGAUUCAGUAAAAACAAGUUAAAUAUACUUAAGAUAUUAAAAAAAAUAAGAAUGUAGCUCAGAUUGUUUGCUCCUACAGGCGAAAGAGAGACAGAGAGACAUAAACAAGGGGGGUUGGGGGCCUUAUCAUUCUGUUGUGGUAAAAGCUGUCGAGGUUCAGCGCUCCGUGUAGAGUUUCACAUCAGGUAAAAGAGUCAGUGUGUCAGAGCGGGGCCCGGCUCCACGCAGAGGAAACUCCAGUCCCUCAAGGGUGGGGGCUGGGCAGGGAGCUGCUGUUGUCUGUCCCUCUCUGCCUCACUUUGCUUUGACAGUUUCCCAGAAAUAGAGCAGAGGAAGAGGAGUGGGGGGAAGGACGGGGAAAACUUUAAUAGAAAAAGAGAAAAUCACUCAGACCCCUUCUGGAUCAAAGGAUUUCUGAGGCCAGACAAGUAGCCCGCGAUUCAGACGCGCUUUUGUCUGCCCCCUUUAAGUCUCUGAGUCUCUCUUUCAUGAACCAACCGCCUCAGUCUGCGAAAAAUCGGCAUGAAAGCAGUUGUUCAUAAUCAUGUUAUUCUUUCAUGACUCAACAAGGCGAUCUUUCACAGAUCUAAAAAUAGCAAACACGGUUAUUCGAAAUGGUCUUGAAUUUGUCAGGAUGACUUGUUUUGUUUGUCAACUUAUCUAUGUGUGUGUGUGUGUGUGAGACACAACUAUCUUCUCAGUGCGUUGAAGAGUAAACUUUCAAAGUCUAUUAACUUAUUUUGAGUUAUCAUUUGUUUUGUAGGGAAAUAAUUAUAAAUGCCCUAUUUGCUAUAACUAAUUGUGUUAUUUCUGAAACUAUAUCUUUGCACUACUUAACAUUGUUGACAAGAGAACUAUUUUUUUAUGGUAAUCUUAAAAAAACAAAAAAAAACAACAACAUACUGAGGCACAGAUUAGUAAUUUCUUGAUAUUUAGAAUAGAAUAUUUUUUUCCUCCAAUCAGACUUUUAGACACAGUUUCUAACAUUUGUUCAUUGGUUCCUUAGGAUUUCUUUGCAGCUGUAUUAGUCUUAGUCUCAGGUCUGUUAGGAGGAAAUAAAAUAAAGGAAGAAAAACUAUAAAUGUCAAGAUUUUUCUUUUAGUGUCACAUUGCCCAAGCAAACUUGGCUUUCCUAAAUCACCUGUCGCAGCUAUUUCAAAGUGUAGCUUUUUUUUUACAUUUUGUAUAUGCAUGAAUGUAUGAUAAUCUUUGUACACCAUUUGUAGUAAUUUUAUUGUAAUUUAAUACUGGUUUAUGUAUCCUUGCAACAUGUAAGAAGUGUAUUUUUAUGGGAUCAGAAUCAUGUCCUUUUUGACAAUAUUUGUAUAGAGAAUAUAUUGCUGGGUUGUUGGUGCACUGUUGCCUUUCAUAUUGUUGAUUUCAUAGUGUGCUCAAAAUAAUAAAAUGUUAAUGAGAUUGAUAUAAACCACAA